AAUUACUAAUAGAAUGAGAGAAAAACUGAUACACAUGCGGGACGACUCGAUCUUGUUUAUCAGAGAAUUUCAGUUGAAAAAAGACGCUGGCAGGUUGACAUGGCACUUAAUUUGGGCAAGGUGUUGCUGAGGACAAGCUUAAAGGUUGCAAGGGGUUCCCUGGGGCCGAAGUGGACAGGACCAGCAGUAUUGAGUAGUCGUAGGCCAUGUGUCAGCCAUUUACUGAGUGCUGGUCUUGCUGGAACAGCUAACAGAUUAUCAGCACAUGUUCAACAAUCAGCCCCACCAUUUCAAGGCCUUGCUGUCGUUGAUGGACGAUUCAAAGAGAUCAAUCUAGAGGAUUAUCAGGGCAAAUAUGUGGUCUUGUUCUUUUAUCCUUUGGACUUUACAUUUGUGUGUCCAACUGAGAUCAUUGCGUUCAGCGAUCGAGCAGAAGAGUUCCGUCAGCUAGACACCGAGGUGAUUGGAGUAUCUGUUGACUCGCACUUCAGUCAUUUAGCUUGGAUUAAUACACCAAGGAAGGAAGGAGGCCUAGGCCAGAUGAAUAUUCCUCUCUUGUCUGACUUCAAGAAGAAUAUAUCCAGAGAUUAUGGAGUGCUGUUGGAGGAUGCAGGCCUAGCUCUCAGAGGCCUGUUUUUGAUUGACCCAGAAGGAGUAAUAAAGCAUUUAAGUGUAAAUGACCUCCCUGUUGGCCGGUCAGUUGAUGAAGUCCUGCGGUUGGUCAAAGCAUUCCAAUUUGUUCAGAAGCAUGGAGAGGUGUGUCCAGCAGGAUGGACACCAGAUUCAGAUACUAUCAAACCAGAUCCACAAGGAGCUAAAGAGUAUUUCUCUAAAGCAUCAGAAUAAAAAAGAAGAUUAAAUGCUAGGUUACCUUGAUGUUUGUGACAGUUUACUGUCCAUUAAUAAGAAAUUUGUGCUCCAGAAUAUUCCGAUCCCAGAUUUGCAAUAAUUAUAACUAUGGAGUAAUCAUUGCUCCAACUAACUAGCUUCAUACAUGCAUGGUAGACAGGAAAUUUAAUAUUGUUUGAAGGUUUGCAUGGAGAAGUAACAAGGAUGAAUGCUUGCAAUACACCACAUAGGUAGUUCUGAAAAGAACUGUGUUUUUUUGUAGACAGUUUCUCAAAUAAAAUCAAAGCAAUUCAAUUGACACGUUCAUACAGUCUCAACGAAACAGCAGUUUUUUCAGAAGAGGUGUACCGGAAUUUUUAUCAAAAUUAUUAUUAAUGCUUAAUAAAUAACCACAUCAUGCAUCACUAAUUGAAGGUUUACUCAAUUCUUUUAAAAUUUCAAUUAAUAAUAAUUGAGAUCAGGACAUUAGCACAGUAUUCCAGUACAUUGGUUUGGUUGUGUUAUACAGUAUAUGUUGCUGUUAAAUUUGUCUAUGCUUAGGCUAGACUUUUUUUAUACUUUGUUUAGCGAAUCUGCCACCCGCCAAUAAUGAUGAUUUUGAAUAAAGGUAAACAAUUGUUUUUUGCCAAUUAGUGCACCAGAAAUUUCAGGGAAAAAAAUAAAAAUUUUUCCUUAAUUUUAUUACGCCCACUGCUGUCUUGGAAUCUCCAAAAAUUAGAUCUGUAUAUUUCUCCCUAAUUAUAUAAAUUUAAAGCAUUUAACCAUCCCAUUACUACACUGUUUACAUUCAACAAUAAAAUUUUAUUUUUAUUUUAUCCUCCGUCUGAUGUUUUAGGCAGAACCAUUUGCUAAAUAAGAAAACAAAAUUUUCUUUUUUAUUUUCUUCCGCCCUCCUCUGACGAUCUUGAAGUUUUGCGAAACAAGGUAUAAAAAAAGUCUCUCUUUAAGAGUAGUUGUAUUUCAAUGUAAAGAGUACAAUUAUGUACCAUUGAGAUUCUGAGGAAAGUUUAAUUCUUCAUCAGUGUACAGUUGAACUUGCCUAAGUUGAAUCCGAAAUGGCAUUGAGAAAUAUUUCCACUUACAGUAAAUACUUAACUGGACGUUUCAAUCACAAACGGUGACUAAAAAAAAAUAUUAUUAUUAUUAUUACUAUUAUUGUUAAUAAUUUAAAUAUCAUUAAUUGCAAUUUUAAUUUACUAUUUUAUAUUAUGUGUAAUACAGUAUUACAGUCAUGUCUAUUACCUGGUAAAGUAUUUUUAAACAUAACAGUAAACAUAACAGUACAGUAUUGUAUUCUGAGGUGUAGAACUGAAAUUGAUAUGCAGUUGAAAUAUAUAUCUUUAAAAUGAAAAAUUAA